GUUUUGGUAAAUUUAUAUUUUUGCAGCGAAGUUUUUGUGACCGAAACGCUUAAAACCCGCCAGCGGAGUAAGGGAAUUUUCCAGUAAAGAGAAACGAUUUGGAACAUGCAGAACAAACUGUUCUCCGUUUCGGUGAUCGCACUGGGCUUGUUGGGUUGGUAUGUGACCGUAUCCAGCCAGGCGCAGACGUUCAAGUACUUCAAGAUGGAUCGCAUCGCAAACUGUGAGCCGAUGGAUCAAUUCCCCGUCGUAAUGCUGCCGAACUUCACGGUCAGUGUUAAUCCCAAUGAGAACUAUUUCAACUGCACGCUUCACAUCAAGGAAGAAAUCGAGGGUCCUCUGCAGUACAAGGCUAGCAUUAAGCGCUGUGAGAUGGACCUGUCCAAGUGUGAAUACUUCAACACGAUCGAGACGAACGAACUGUGCGAUCAGUUUGAGGAUGAAGGAUUUAAGGACCGAUUUCUGAACAGCAUCUCGCAGCCCCUGUCAUGCCCGACCAAGCCGGGAUAUUAUCAGUUCACCAACACAAAGUGGGACCUCUCGCCGGUCGUGAAUCUGCCGGGCACUGCGUACCGCUGGAAUAUUGCCACGCACGUGACGCAGCUAGCGACGGGACGCCUUAUUUACUGCCAGGAAAUUAUGGCACGCAUUGUGGUGAUUCGUAAGAAGAGCAACAGAGUUAAGCAGUAGAGUGUUUUGAUUUGUAUCAUUUUUGUAUCGGUAGUUAUUAUGCACACAAAUAAACAAAAAACGGGAAUUACUAAUCGCAAUCAUUUGAAAAGAUCCUAUACUAAUUUACAUUUCUCCUUAAAGUUUGAAUUUUGAAAAACAAGAUCACUACAAAAUAUGGUGAAGAUUGUGUGAUCUAUUAGGAUUUAUACACCCAAGUAUGUUUUAUAAGGCUGAAUUGAGCACGAGAAAACCUGUAAACAGUGGGAUUCUAUGUGUGUUGGGGAAGUCUCCAAUCAAGGUCAUAUUGAGUGACUCGA